AUGAAAGACGACGACACAUACCGUCAAUCUUCCCAAUUUCAAUUAUGGAGUUUCUCCUCUUUUAAGCUCCGCUCCCUCCGGGAAGCCGUCAACGCGGCUGCCGCCGAUCGCGUCCGGAAGAAUCUGGUGGAGGAGAAGAAUGUCGAGAGUGCGACGACGAAUGGGGAUGGGGAUGCGAACGGGGAGGGGGGGAUUCGCGUGGAGUGUCUGACACCGGAAGAGGAACAGGUUUUGGUCGAUUUCUACGCGGAUAGGGUUUACAAAACAACCGCAAUCUUCAAGGAUGAGGCCAAGAAUCCAUUAUUACCAGCACAUAUAAGGGCAACAGCAGUAACCUUCUUCAAACGCUUCUACCUCCGCAACUCCGUCAUGGAUUACCACCCAAAACAAAUCCUCUUCACCUGUAUCUUCUUCGCCACUAAAUCUGAGAACCUGUGGAUAGGUGGUAUCGAUACCUUCUGCCGGAUUGUAUCGGGGGCCAACAAACGACCUGUAACACCUGCAGAAGUCUUGACACACGAGUUUUUGCUGUGUCAGAGUCUAAGUUUUGCUUUUACGGUACAUCAUCCGUAUCGGGCUCUGCAUGGACUCUAUCUCGAUCUCCAACAAACUCUACCAAACAUCCCCGUUGGCGAGUUGGGGAAGUGGUACGACACCGCCAAGACCGUCAUCAACAAAACCAUCUGUUCUGACGCACAAUUUCUCUACACCCCUCCUCAGAUCGCAAUGACCGCAUACCUCACCGCAGACACCGAGCGCUUCACCCUUUACCUCACCUCAAAAAUCACGAAUGACGCGGAACGCGAACAAGUAUCAUCCCAACUCACCAAAUGCCGGGAAUAUUUGAAGAAAUGGGUGGUUCCGACCCUGGCGCAGGCGACAGCUGUGGAUAAGAAGUUACACUACUGCAAAAACCCUGAUAAAGACCCCAACUCCGCACUAUUUAGGAAGAGAAAGGCGGAUGAGGCACAGCAUGAUGAGGAGAGGAAGAUGAGGAAGGUUAAAGAAGCGCAGGAGAAGGCGAGGAAGGAGCAGGAUGAUUUGUUUGGGGCGCCAUUAUGA